AUGCCUUUGAGUAACAUCCAAGAAGUAGAAUUAUUCGACGUUUGGGGUAUUGAUUUCAUGGAACCCUUCCCUUCCUCAAUGGGUAAUAAGUACAUCCUAGUGGCCGUUGACUACGUAUCAAAGUGGAUCGAAGCUGUUGCAUCACCCACAAAUGAUACCAAGGUAGUUGUCAAACUAUUCAAGAAUAUCAUUUUCCCUAGGUUUGAAACUCCGAGGUUAGUCAUAAGGGAUGGAGGAUCACACUUUAUAUCUAAGAUAUUCAACAAACUUCUAAGUAAGUACGGAGUAAAACAUAGAGUGGCAACACCAUAUCACCCUCAAACUAGUGGCCAAGUGGAAGUGUCGAAUAGGGAAAUUAAGAAGAUCUUGGAGAAAACUGUAUCAUUGUCUAGAAAAGAUUGGUUAGCAAAACUUAGAGACGCUCUAUGGGCCUACCGAACGGCCUAUAAAACCCCUAUUCGAACAACCCCUUAUCAAUUGGUCUACGGAAAGUCCUGUCAUUUACCUUUUGAAUUGGAACAUAAGGCCUAUUGGGCAAUUAAAACAUUGAACUUAGAUUACUUGAAGGUCAGAGAGAAACGUAUUCUGGAUAUCCAUAAGUUGGAAGAACUCCGCUUAAAUGCGUACGAGAAUGCCAUCAUUUACAAGGAAAGAACCUAG